GACUUCAACUGCCCUCACACUCCAAAAGGUGUUGUCUCCACGUCAGCGGAGGGGGAUACGGUUGCCAUGGCGUCGUCCAAUCGGAGCAAAGAUCAGACGGUCCCUGACGAAGAUGACGAGGAGGCCAGAGAGAUCCAGGAAGUACAGUCCAAAUACCUGCGCUGCCCAUCGCCUAGUUUUUCGAUGAUGUCUGACUCUCGGUUUUCGAUGAUUUCUGGAUCUGAGGCCGACAGUAUUUUCAUGGAGCCAAUUCACCUCUCGUCCGCCAUCGCCGCCAAGAAGAUCAUCAAUGAAGAGCUCCCUCCUCGCGGCGUUCCCACCUUCUCUUUGCCGGACUCGUACUUGGAGCCGGCGGAGCAGCUGAUGGUGGAGGAUCUGUACGAGCGGGUGAAGGAGCUGACGGACGAGCGCUCGCCCUACAACACGCCCUGUGUCCUCGACCUGCAGCGGGCGCUCGUGGGAGACCGGCUCGAGGCUCCGACCAACGCAGUGGACGAAGUCUGGCCCAAUAUUUACAUCGCGGAGAAGUCUGUGGCGGUGAACAAAGCUCGUUUAAAGCGGAUGGGCAUCACUCAUGUUCUGAACGCGGCUCACGGGACCGGGGUGUACACCGGCGCCAGCUUCUACACCGGCAUGGGGGUGCAGUACAUGGGCAUCGAGGUGGACGAUUUCCCCGACUGCGACAUCGCGCAGCACUUCAGAGCCACCGCGGAGUUCAUGGACGAAGCUCUGCUCACACAUAAAGGCAAAAUCCUGGUGAACUCCAUGAUGGGCAUUAGCCGUUCCGCCAUCCUGGUCGCCUCGUACCUCAUGAUCUUCCAGAACAUGUCCAUUUUAGAAGCCCUCACCGCCAUCCGCAAAAAACGCCCCAUCAACCCCAACGAAGGAUUUCUCAAACAGCUCCGAGAUCUGAACGAAACUCUGAUGGAGGAACGCGACGAUGACGACGACACGCUGAGCCAGUGUUCGGUUAUCGACGCCAAGACGCGAGCGCAGAUAUUCGGAGAAACCUACACAGAAGAAGAAGAAGAGCAGUUUGAGGACGGGCAAAGCAUGGCCGAAGCUAAAGCUCAUUCGAUUAUGAUGGACGAAGAAGAGGACGGAGCGAGCGUGAUGAGCAGCGUGCCGUCCUUAGCGUCUUCGGCCGCGGCGGAAGCGUUAAGAAACGGGUUGAUACCGAAACCAGGCAACAACGACGACGUAAAAGAGAAGCUCGUUUUGCCUCAAGACGGCGACGAGGAGGAUUUUGACGACGACGAAGGACUCGACAGCAUCAUACGCGAGUGGCAAAGACGCAACGAGAAAUACCAAAACGCGGACUGGUUCGAAGCGCAGUUAAACAGCGAUACGGAAGACGAUCUGGACGAUAAAUUGGUCAACAAGAAGUCCAAGGGCGCGGAUUUGGAGAGCGUAACGAGCGAAGACGUGAGAUCGGUGAAAGAGAAACUAAAACGGAGAAUGAAGCAGAAAGACGAGAUGUCCGUCGCGUCGAGCUGCUCGAGUUAUUCCGAUUUGUGGAAGCAACGGUUGAAAGAAAUCGAAGAACAAGCGGCUGCGAGAUAUCGUAAAAAAGAAGAGAAAGUAGAAAAGGACGAAAAUAAGGAACAAGGUGCAAGCAAAAGAAUAGACGAUGAAAUUGAGAGCCUCAUGUCCGAUACGACUUCGAUGUACAAUUUCUGCCAGAAGAAUAAAGAAAGCAUGACGCCGCUGGAGAGGUGGAGGGUCAAAAGAAUUCAGUUUGGUUGGAAUAAAAAAGAUCGCGAAGACGGCGAGAAAAGCACAGUUGUCAACGGUGAAGAAGGCGACGAUGAAACGCCAAAGAAGCGACUGGAAGAUGUGAAUUUGACCGCGUAUCAAUCGUGGAAGCUUCGCCAACAAAAACGCUUAGGAUUGGACGACGGCAACGAUGACAUUUUGGAGUUUAGCCGGAGCGAGGAGUCAACGAAAGCCGCCAAACGUAGGCAAAGACGAGAGGAGAUACUGGAGCGAUCGAAGAAGAAUUUGGAGGAAAGCCAGUCGAUGUGCGGUUGGGAGACGGAGAGCUGCGUUAGCGGAGGGACGAUACCGCUGUCGGCGUUCUGGGCCGGAGUCACAGCGCCGCCGAGCGUCCAAAAUAACGACGACAACAUUUCGAUGAUCAGCGGAAGAUCGUCAAAUAUAUCGUCCGUGUCGCAAGCUCGGAGCGUGAAGUCUGUGCAGUCGAACGCGCCGCCGAUAGUCCCGCCGAUCUUGCCCGUUCCGACCGUGCAAGGGCCGAGCGGAGAGCCAAUGGUGAACCUCGCCAGCAUUCAAAACUGGAUCGCUAAUGUUGUCACGGAAACGAUAAAACAAAAGACGACAGAGAUGAGUUUACCGCCGUCGAGAGCCGGUUCGGAGAUCAGCUACGGAGGAGGAGGAGGAGCAGCGGCCAGCAUCCUGUCAGGGCAAAGAACGGAGUUUGAUAAGACAUCGAUGUUAAGCGGAGCGAGCGGCGCAGCGUCGUAUCUCGGAGCGAAUCGCGCCAAAGCUGAUUCUGUGAUUUCGGGAGCGAGCGGGGCGUCACGACUGAGCGGGCAAGGGUCGGUUUUAGGUUCGACUUUAGGCUCGAGUUACGAAUCAAGUCUUGGUACGAAAAAGAAGAAAAUCACGACCACGAGCGUGCCGUUGUUCAGCCUGUUCCAAGACGAGGUUGAUUUGAAAAAACUGGACGCGAUCGACAAAGACAUCAAAUCGGAAAUGCGCGAAACGAUGGAAAAAUAUGAGAAAAAGAAGAUCCUGGAAGACAACAGACGCAGCACAUUGUACAAAAAGAAAAAGCCAAAAGGAGAGGAUGAAGACGAGGAGGAGGCAGAGGAACGAAAACGAAGGGAGGAGGAGUUUCUGCAAGAAGCGAAGAAAAAAGAAAAACCAGUAAGAAGUUUUGGACAAUCUGGCUGUUUAAAUCUUAACCCAGCGCUUGAAAAAGAGAAAAACACCAGCAUCGAUGACUGGCUAAAGAGUGUGAGACCUCCGCCGAGGAAAACGCAAGAAGAAAUUGACGACCUUUACGACGAUUUGGACGCAUCAGCUUCAGAAUUUGGAUAUCCGAACUCACGGCAAGAUUACGAAGACGAACAAGAAGGAUACGCGUCGAGAUACAGGCCCCGAUUUGGCGAUACCGACGACGAUUUUUCGCGCGAUUUUUCGAGUAGUUCGGAGAGGAGGAGAACUGAAACGAGGGAGAGGAGGAGAGAGGCGAUCGCGGAGGAAGAAGACGACGACAUUUCCAGUUUUAUCGCGCAGACGAGGCAGAGGAUAAGGGCGAGGGCCAUGGCCGAAGCAGAAGAUGACGAAGUGUUGAAAGCGUGGAGAGAGCAACAAGAAGCAAAGGCGCACAGAUCCGGAGGAAGUGAAGAUUAAAACUACAAAAAAUGAACCAUGUGGACUACAACUGGAUUUAUGUCAAGGGCUGAAUCGGGAAUAUUAUAGCUAAAAAAAAAAAAAAAAGACGUGGGCCAGAAAUUAAAUGAGAGAGUGAUUUCAGCGCUAUUAUAUUUCAGGAACUUAACACUAAAUAAAUUUUUUUGCUACUAAACUUUGUGUAUUGUGUUUUAAUAGUGUUACCUACUGUUCCGAGUUAUUUAUUUUGGAGAAAGAUUUGCUGCUUUCUCGUCAAAUUCGUGCCGACUUCAGUGGCCUCUGUAAUUUCGAGUAGUUGGUGACAUCACGCACGACUGCCCCGAUUACAGACACGUGUAUCUGUUUACAAACUGAUCACACUUGCCACGUUUACAUGAGCUUUAAUUUAAUUCUGAAUAAAAAUGAAUUCCGCUUUAAAAAGACCAUGUAAACACUUAAUUCUGAAUGAAAUGAUUAUUCGGAAUUUAACUUAAGAGCAGCCGUUGACUCACUUCUCCGACACUCUUCCCUUCUCCUCAGCCGACAGACAUAAAGCGCGACGAGAGAAUUUUCCAUCCGCUGCGCAAUUAUCACCGGAACGACCGCGGAAAAAGUUUGGAUCGUGUUUGCGUCCGUGCCGUUACGACAAACCGAGACGACGGAAAAUCCGGUCGCAGCUGAAGUGUGUGUUUUCUUCCGGUCGACGUAAAUACGUUCGUGUCUCUGUCCAAUCAGAACCUUUCCCCACCUCCAGACGUUGGAGCGGAAUUAAAUAAAGACAAAUUAACGAGUUUUCCGUGUAAACCUCAAUUCUGAAUUAUUAUUUCCAUGUAAACACGAAGAAUAUUUAAAUUUUCAAACUAUUUAAUUCAGAACAAAAACCAUCAUGUAAACGUGGCCAAUGUUCUUUAUACCUCCACACCCUGCCCCUACUCGUCUUUUUUUUUUACGUGUUAACUCUGUGCAAAGGCAAGCCCGCUCUCUGUUACGAUGCAUAUUUCGUUUUAGGAAGUUAAGUGCAAUAAAAACUUUAAUUCAGAGCAUUUAUUUUUGUUUGUUUUUGUCUGAAAUCUCACACGCUGGAACUCUAAAUUACAGAUUUGGCCCGAGCAUUUUGUAGCACUUUUUUGCCAUCUCAAUUUAAGAAGAAGAUUUAAAAAGUAUGAAUUUAGUUUGUCUAAUUUAAGAUCGAUAUUGUGGUGUUUUACAUUGAGAAACUGUGAAAAGUGCAUUGUUCUUUUUAUUAUUUAAAUAAAUGUUAAUAAAAAUG